AAGAAUAAAAAACAAAUAUUUGUAGCCAAUCCCGUACAAUGAUUGGACAAAUGUAAUACUUGUCUAUCAAUUUUGAUUAACACCAAAACACAUUCCUCGGUUGUGCGAAUUCCCCGCUGUGAAGCUACAGGCUUCAACUUCUUACUUGAUCUCGCCUGUGAUUGGUCGAGCCUUGACAGGACGCGCUGCCAUUGGUUAUCUGAAACCAUAGGACAGAGUAAGCCAUUCAAGUGUCGCGGCGGUUUUUCGUUAGAAUCAACAGCGAAGUCACAACGGAUUUAAAACUCGUUGAGAAGAACUGUAAAAGUUGGUCAAGGGUUUGCCGAGGUUGACUUUGAGCUUCAAAUGGGCGAGUAUUUGAUGGACGUUCUAGAUGCGAUGGGAAGUUGACUUUCGGAAGUACACACAACGUGUUGUAGUUUUUGGCAUGCGACUGCUGGAAUACUGGCAAUAAAUCGCCAAAAUGAGUCGCAGAUCAAGUGUUAGUAGUAGCAGUGUAAGUACUAGUAUGAAAUCUGGCCUUGAAGAUGAUCCACUUAUGCGAGAUUGCUAUGAUUUACGGAGAAGACUUCUACAAACUGAGCAGUCACUUCAGAGUAUGAAGCCUCCAAAUAUAUCCGCUAGUGACAAGUCAAGACCAACAUCCAGAACUCAGCAAAGCUAUGACAGGAAAAAAGAUACUGCAACAGAUAUUGACAGAAACUAUCGGCUCAGUCCAGAUGAUGCCAGUCAUGGCCCAUCUCGUGGCUAUUCCUCAUCCCCUGAGAGCGCCCAAGUCUUGACCCUCGCCGAUCUAACACCACCCACUUCUGAACCUAAUUCGCUAGCUCACAAUAGGAGAGGAAUGAGUUCCCUUGGUAUACCUUAUCGCAGUCAUUCCAUCCCAGACUUGAGAAAUGGCUCAACACAAUCAUCGCCAAGAGAUAGAGAGUUCGAUAACAGAUCGUUUGGCAGUACUGGAGAUUAUGAUCAUGAUACCCUAAGAAAGAAGCUGAACCGUCAACGUGAAGAAAACUCACAACUCGUCAACCAGAACCAUAAGCUCAUGUCAGAGAUGGAAAAUAUGAGCUACGAAAUUCACCAGGCCAAAAACAAGGUGAAGAUCGUAACACGUGAACUUGAUGAGGAACGCAAACGAAUCCCAUCGCUAGAGGACCGCAUAGUCACACUGGAGUCCCAGCUAGCGGACCAUGAGGACCGCUCAAGAAUGAGCGAGCGUCGAUUCGCUGAGUGUAAAGACGAGCUACAAGCGAAGACAGAGGAGUUACGGAGUGUACUGGAGUCGUCAAACCUGGCAGAGUCCGAGCUGAGGGAGGAGUCGCGCAUGCGUAAGAGGACCGAGUCGCAACUCCAGGAUGCGAUGAGAAACGUGGAGGAUCUAUCCGAGAAACUCGCCGACCAAGAAGCGAUUCUUAAAAGUUUGAGGAAACAGAGCGAGGAGAAGGAGAGACAACUACGCGAGAAUCUCUCUCAGUCACAGAAAGACAACUUCUCGUACCAGAGCAAGACAUCGUCAUUAGAGAAUGAAAUUCAAGAGCUCAAGGAAGAAAUAAGGCUUCUUCAACAAGAAGGCAUCGCUCGGGAAGACUCCACCUCAUCGCUUCAUCAGGAAAAUGCCAGCCUUCGCGCCACUAUAUCCCGGCAGAGCCAGAAGAUUGGCCGCCUUGAGAACGAGCUACGCAAGAAUGACUCAUAUUUCAAGGAUAGCAGCGAAAACUUGGAGAUAAUCGAGCGACAGAGGGAGAGGAUUGUGCAGUACCAGCAGGAGAUAGAAGACACGAAGGUCCAGAUGGCGAGACUCGAAGAGUUGGUUCAUAGGGUGCAGGAACAGUCUAUCAAGGAGCAUGUAAAUACGCCACCUUCGCAGACUAGCGACAGUGGAAUUUGCAACAGCACCCAGACAGUCAACGGCUAUUCCAGCCCUAUCCACAACGGCAGCUACCUGAAUGGCGAUAUCUUCCUAGACAGCGAUAUUUCGCAGGCUCCAGGAAGCGCAGGCAAGGCCAGGGCUAUGGUGGCAGAUCUCAAGCUAAAGCUGGCGCUAAAAGAUGCUGAGAUUCAGAAGCUGCAGGCGAGCGCCGUGGCUAGAACUGCAGCUCAACAGAGGCAUAUUGCAGGUCUAUCAGGAGAUGGUGGAACGAUGGAUGGACUACGGAGUGAACUUUCUGCUAUUGUGGAGCGCAGUCGAAUGGGUGACCGCAAACAACACGAACUUGAGCAGAUAAUCACAAGACUUGAGGAUGAGCUGUCACGGUACUCUGCCCAGAAUAUCCAGCUGGAGGAGCGCCUGGCUGAUAAGAUGGCGCAGAUUGCGUCCCUGGAGGGUAAACUCGGUCAGCGUAACCUGCGAGUGGUCGACGUGCAGAAAGAACUGGAAGACAAGAUUAGCGAGAUCAACGAUUUGCUGCGAGAGGUGCGUCAGAAGGGCUCCCAGAUCACGCACCUCGAGCGCCAGCUAGAGGAAAAAUCCUCUGAGCAAGGCUCACGCGUCUCGCAAGUCCGCGAGCUCAAAGAUGAGCUGCGUAACAAAGACGAUGAGAUCAACACGCUCAAGGAACAGAUGGACGAAAAGAACUCCGAAGUGCGUGACGCCCUUGCGCUAGUGGAGCGCAGCAAGACGCUACAGGGAGAACAGUGCAAGGAAUUGGAUACACAGAUAGAACAGCUACAAAAGAAGUUCGACGAGAAGAAUCUGAUGGUUAUCCAACUGGAAACUGCUCUCACAGCCACACGACAGGAGCUAGAGCUGCGCUCAACGAUCACGGAGCAGAUGGAGCGUAACCUAGAAGACCACAAACACGAGAUCAUCAAGAAGUCAUCUCUAGUUGAGCAGCAGGACAGGAAAUUCAGCGAGCUCCACGCCCAGGCUGAGCACGCUACAGGGCAGAUGAAGCAGCUGGAGAAAUCACUGGCAGACUGUCAGAGGGAGAUCAAGGUGUACAUUGAACAACUGGAGGCAGCGAGGAGAGAGCAUGAGGCGGAUAUGAAACAGGCGAAGGACGAGAUCUCCAAGCUGGAGUACUCGUUACAGGAGGUCACGCAGGAUGUCCAACAGAAGGCAGGUUACAUUGGCAAGCUGGAGCAGGCGCUAUCCGAGCGGCAGACCGCGCUACAGAAAGAACAGGAGAGAGCGAGGGAGAUGCAGGACUCCCGCCUUCACUUGCAACAACAAGUCACGCUGAUAGAACAAGAGAUCGACAGGGAGCGAAACGCCUCACAGCUGGAAACCAACGAAAUGCACCAGAAGCUACAGGAAGCCAGAGCAGAACUGGAGAAGAAGACCAGUGAGCUGAAGGAGCUGAGCUCUACGAUGCGAGAGAUGCACCAGGACAUGAAAACGAGCUCCGCCAGCAUCGUGGAGCUCGAGCAACUACUCCAGGAAGCACGCACUCAGAACGACCGUCACUCGGUCCAGCUACAGACGACAGACCACGCGUACAAGGAGACAAAGGCCAGCCUAUCCCAGCAGACCAAGCGAAAUGGGGAGCUAGAGGAAAAGUUGAGGAGGACUGAGGAGGAGUUGAAGGACCGAGACGGACAGGUUGCCAAACUGGACAAUGAGCUCACAAAGUUACAAAAUGACUUCCAAGAUACCAUCACUCAACUCAAGACUUUGGAAGAUUUGCUCGACACAAGCAAGCGAGUUGUCGAGGAGAAAGAACAGAAAGUCACUGAACUCGAUAAACUGCUCAAUGAAAGUGUGGAUGAAUUGCAACAGAAAGAUAAGUCAUUAAAGGAGAAGGAUGGUAAAUUAGCGGAGCUGGACCAGGCGCUGAAAGAAAGCAGAAAGGAAAUAAAGAACAGAGAAGCCCAGGUCUCCCAGAUGGACUCAUCGAUGCGAGAACAAAAGACAGAGAUCUACCAGAAGACCAUGGCCCUGGAACAGAACCUCAACCAAUCACGGCACGAACUGAGCGAGAGAGCAGUCGAGAUCGCUGAGCUAAAAGCCAAAUACGAUCAGUCACAAGACCAGCUGCGACAAACCAAGAACCGACUUGCGCAUUACGAGAAGGUGGCUCGCCAACAACAAGAAGACCUGAAAAAGCGGAUCGCGCAGCUCACAGACCUUGAGGUGGAAGCGGAAAAACUGCGCAAGCGCAAACAAGACUCCGAAGAGACUGCGCAAGAACUGCGCCUAUCACGUGAACAGCUGCAGAAUACGCACGCGGAGCUCAUGGAGGCCCGGCGCGAACUGCUCCGCUACCAGCGCAAGGAACAGGAGCUCGUCCAAGAACUGGAUGACGCACACGUGCUGUUGCAAGCCAAGGAGGGCGACUGCACCCGCCUCGCAAAGGACCUUGGGGCGGCACAGGUGCGUGAGGCCCAGGCCGAGGCACGAUGCGUACAAGAGAUGCGCAGGAGUUCACAGCAGAGCGAACUAAAGCAGGUCUCGCAAGAGAAAGAGUUACAGCGACUUCAAGAAAGCUACAACAAGCUUCUUACCCAGAAAGAGGAAAUAGAGGCUGAAAAGCGUAUCCUUGCUACGAGCAUAAGUAAUAAGGAGAAACAGCUGACCCAAGAGCUUAGCCGUAGUCAUGACGACACGACUGCGCUAGCCGAAGAUAACAAGCGCUUGACGUCACAGUUGAUGCGUUACGAAGACGAAGCGAAGGCGAUGAGUGAGGCGCUGGUUAUCAAGGAUGCGGAGAUCGCAAGACUUGAAGCGCGUAUCUCUGGCUACGAAAGAGCCAUGUUCGGGCGGAAUCAAUUCGACAGACUGGGCCCGGGUGGGGGUCGCCCUUCGCCUAGGCCCAGUUCCCCGCGGACCGGUCAUGUUCGUCACGUGACCUCACCGCGUCAUCUGAGUGGUGUAUCGAAGAGUAAUACGGAUUAUAAUCUACAUAACUUGUCGACAGGCUCCUCACUUAGUUACCUUGACAACGAAGAUUACCUGGACUAUAAUCAUAACGUCUCGACCAAUCGCGCGCCGCCGCUAUUACGGGUCUCGACCGAAGGCUCCGUGUCCCAGUCGUCACGCAAUUUCAACCGUCAGACAAACACUCACGGGUCACGCGCCGAUUAUCACAACACAUCGGGUAUGGAGACGCUCGAGGGGCUAUUGUUGGAAGCAAAUCGCGCAUUAAACGAUGACGAUCCGCUGUUGUACACUCCCACGUCUGGUUCGCCGGCUCGGCGCACUAAACGCGACCAGACCCCUCCCCAGAAAGAGGCUGCAGUUAGCAGCGAAGAGUCUGGGACCGAGACACUCAAGGAGCAGCUCGAGGCAAAGAAGGCUGCUGCCGGACUAACCCGCGGGUCCGAGGGAACACCGCUGGACCCAAGCAAGUGCCGUGCAAGUUUGGAGGAGCGCUUACGAGCGAGCGAACAGCGCAGAAAACAGAUUGAUAAACAGCUGAACAAUAUGAAGACCUCUUUUACGUGACAAGAAUACGUGACAGCUUGCAAAGUCACGUCACCAAACUACAAGGACAUGUAACGGAACGUCCCAAAACGUGCCAAUAGGCUCCGAGCGUGUGACGUCAUUGCUAGGAGCCAAUCGUACGCGAAGCAUAAAAUGAAAAGUAUAGAUUUUCCCACUGGUCUGUUAUAGUGACUUGACGAGCUGUUCUGCCAAUGACCACACUCCCUAGUCGAGAAGUUCUUUACCCAGUCGACGUUUGCGCCCAUACUCCGCACCAAGUUUGUGUUUAGCUUUUUUGGACGCCUUUUUUCACGCCGUUGUAAGGGCGUGAUUUACUCAAAUACGCAAUGGCGUAUUUUGAUUAUCUUCCUCAAAUCAGCAUGAAAGAUUAUAUGGAAAAGAAAGCCUGCGAUUCCAAUGUUCGCUGGCGUUUGUGGUAUUUUGAGUCUCUGGAAAAAUGAGACGCUAACACGACGAUGAUCCCUGCUUUCGUCCAAUCUGUUUCCGGUUACAGAGUGUUGUCAUACUUAUGGAUGUUGAUUAUGUCUUAUGUUUAUGUAAAUAGAUAUUAGUGUGAGAUGCAUGCUUCAUUAGAAAUUUUUGUAUAUUAUAUAUUUUAAAUAAAUAUGUGAUUGAUACUAUGAAUAAACAACCAAGCGAAAUAA